AUGUUCCAUUUGCGAGCUAAAAAGCUUGUGCACUGUGUAUUCCCCAAACCUUGUACUAUGGUACCGAAUCUUUAUUGCACUUCAACCGCACAACCUGAACAACCACAAACCAUAGCCAGAAACAUAAACCCACAAAUACACACUCUUUCCUUACAAGGCAAUCUUGAAGAAGCACUUUCACUUGUUUACACCCACCCUUCUCUAUCCCUACAAGACUAUGCCUUUCUGUUCCAUGCUUGUGCUCAGAAAAAAUGGAUCCAACAAGGCAUGACAUUGCACCAUUACAUAUUUAGCAAACACCCCACAAUUCAAAAUGAUCUUUUUCUCACUAAUAACCUCUUAAACAUGUAUUGCAAGUGUGGCCAUUUAGAUUAUGCUCACCACCUGUUUGAUGAAAUGCCUAGGAGAAACUUUGUUUCUUGGACUGUUCUCAUUUCUGGAUAUGCUCAAUUUGGUUUGAUCAGAGAGUGUUUUGCUUUAUUCUCUGGCAUGUUGGCUUGUUUUCGCCCCAAUGAAUUUGCUUUUGCAAGUGUGCUUAGUGCUUGUGAGGAGCAUGAUGUCAAAUAUGGCUUGCAGGUACAUGCUGUUGCUUUGAAAUUUUCGUUGGAUUUCAAUGUAUUUGUUGCAAAUGCUCUUAUUACAAUGUAUAGUAAGUGCUCUUAUGGUUUCGGUGGAGGCUAUGAUCAAACUUUGGAUGAUGCGUGGACUGUGUUCAAGUCAAUGGAGUAUAGAAAUCUUAUAUCUUGGAAUUCAAUGAUUUCAGGUUUUCAGCUUCGCGGCCUUGGGGACAAAGCCAUUGGUCUGUUUGCAUAUAUGUACUGCAAUGGAAUUGGGUUUAACAGUGCCACACUACUUGGUGUUUUCUCUUCUUUAAAUCAACGCAAUAAUACUUUGGAUGACAUCAUCACACAUCUGAGGAACUGUUUUCAAUUGCACUGUCUCACUAUUAAAAGUGGUCUUAUUUCAGAAGUUGAAGUGGUAACUGCAUUGGUAAAAUCCUAUGCAAAUCUAGGGAGUCACAUUUCGGACUGUUACAAGCUCUUCCUUGAUACAAGUGGCCAACAUGAUAUUGUGUCAUGGACUGCUAUUAUUUCUGUGUUUGCAGAGUGCAACCCUGAGCAGGCUUUCCUUCUUCUCUGUCAACUUCAUCGAGAAAAUAUUGUGUUGGACCGGCAUACAUUCUCAAUCGCCUUAAAAGCUUGUGCCUACUUUGUGACUGAGCAAAAUGCAACGGCAGUUCAUUCACAAGUAAUUAAACACGGGUUUCAGGACGACACAGUUGUUUCAAAUGCCUUGAUACAUGCUUAUGGGAGGUGUGGCUCCUUAGCUUUGUGUGAACAAGUAUUUGACGAAAUGUGUCGCCGUGAUUUGGUUUCUUGGAAUUCAAUGCUCAAGUCUUAUGCCAUGCAUGGUCGAGCUAAAGAUGUGGUAAAGCUCUUCAAACAAAUGGAUGUCCAACCAGAUUCUGCAACCUUCGUUGCACUUCUUGCAGCAUGCAGUCACGCUGGGCUUGUUGAAAAAGGAGUGGAAAUCUUCAACUCUAUGACUGAAAAUCAUGGUAUUUCUCCUCAACUAGAUCAUUAUGCCUGCAUGGUUGACCUCUACGGACGAGCUGGGAAACUAUUUGAGGCAGAGGAGUUGAUAAAUAAAAUGCCAAUGAAACCUGAUUCUGUGAUUUGGAGUUCAUUACUUGGAUCUUGCCGGAAGCACGGUGAGGCUGGCUUGGCCAAAUUGGCAGCUGAUAAAUUUAAAGAGUUAGAUCCUAAAAACUCGUUGGCGUAUAUACAGAUGUCAAACAUAUACUCCUCUGGAGGUAGUUUUAUUGAAGCUGGCCUUAUGAGGAAGGAAAUGAGAGACUCUAAAGUGAGAAAAAGACCUGGAUUAAGCUGGGUUGAGGUUGGGAAGCAGGUUCAUGAGUUCACAUCUGGUGGCCAACAUCAUCCGAAAAGAGCAGCUAUAUUGAGCCGGCUGGAAACAUUGAUUGGACAGUUGAAAGAAAUGGGCUAUGCUCCAGAGAUUAGCUCUGCGUUGCAUGACAUUGAACUGGAGCACAUAGAAGACCAAUUGUUUCAUCACAGUGAGAAGAUGGCAUUGGUAUUUGCUACAAUGAAUGAAGCAAAUUUCCCUGGUGCUGGAAAUGUCAUUAAAAUAAUGAAGAAUAUCCGUAUUUGUGUUGAUUGUCAUAACUUUAUGAAAUUAGCAUCAAAACUGUUUCAUAAGGAGAUUGUUGUAAGAGAUUCGAAUCGCUUUCACCAUUUCAAAUAUGGAACAUGCUCUUGUAAUGACUACUGGUAA